AUGGACGUUGAGAAGACUAUCUCCAGAGAAAAGACGGCAAGCGUGAACGCUGAAGGGGAACAAGAGCCAGAGAUCCACGCUGCAGCAGGUGGCAUCUGGGCGGGCCUCAGUUGGUUUGACCGUCUGCUUCCUAUCCUCGUCCUGCUGGCCAUGAUCAUUGGCGUCAUCAUUGGCAGGCAACACGCAGGUCGUUUUGCAGGGCGCCACGUUGAAGGGGGUCUCAAUCCCCAUCGUCGUCGGACUGCUGGUCAUGAUGUGGCCCAUCCUCACCAAAGUCCAAUACGAGAGGCUCCCACAGAUCCUCGCCACCAAGCACAUUUGGACGCAGAUUGCCAUCUCCGUCGUGCUCAACUGGAUAGUCGCGCCAUUCGUGAGUCUUGCCACCGGGUAACGACACUCACCAUCCAGGUGAUGCUUGGUGUCGCCUUUGCCACCCUCCCAGACCAACCGACCUACCGCACGGGAGUUAUCAUGGUAGGCCUCGCCCGCUGCAUCGCCAUGGUCAUGAUCUGGAAUGACCUCGCCAAGGGCGACAUGAACUACUGCGCCAUCUUGGUCAUCAUCAACUCUGUCCUUCAGAUCAUCCUCUACUCGCCAAUGUCGCUUCUGUUUGUCAAUGUCAUCUCCAACGAGAAAUCGUUGCGCCUCGAGUAUGGCGCUACAGCCAUUGCGGUGCUCAUCUACCUCGGAAUCCCGCUCGUGGCCGGCAUUGUGACGCGCUUCGCCGUGAUGGGCAUUCUCGGUCGCAAGCGCUUCGAGAACCACUUUCUGCCGUGGUUUGGGCCUCUUGCUCUCCUCGGCCUCCUGUAUACGCAAGCCACGCGUAUUCUCGACAAUAUUGGCGUCGUCUUCCGCGUGUUCGUCCCCAUGAUUGUCUACUUUAUCCUCAUGUGGUUCUCGACUUUUGCCCUCAUGUACUACCUCAACCGGCGAUACGGUCCCGAGCACGGCUUCACCUAUCAGUCCUCGACCGUGCAGACCUUUACGGUCGCGUCCAACAACUUUGAGCUUGCGAUCGCGGUCUGUGUGGCAAUCUACGGCGUCAACUCGGACCAGGCGCUGGCAGCCACGAUAGGCCCGCUCGUCGAGGUGCCCGUCCUGUUGCUCUUGACAUAUGUUUCCCUCCUGUUUGGGGAAAAGCUCAACUGGCGCAAGUGCUCGGCUAUCUAG